CUGCAGCCUCCACACAUCAACUCGCCUCACGACGCUGCCUCCCAGCGGCGCCCAUCGCGGAGGCCUGCCGCUCCGUGCGACCGACCCGUGGACGUCGAUUCUGCUGACGGGCACGCUGGCCUUCGUCGACCCCGCCGACGCCUACGCUCGGCUAGCGGCCACGGACCCCGGGGACGUGGACGACGGGCUCACGCGCGCCUGGGCGCUCUACUGGGCCGCCUCGCUGUGGGGGGGCGGCACAGGAGUCCCGACGCCAGCGCCGGGGAACGGAGGAACGCCGACGCCAGCACCUGUGCACGGAGGAGUGCCGACGCCAGCGCUGGUGACCGAGCCGGCGCCGACUCCGCCGCCGACAUCGUACGUAGACCUGUGUGGGCACGCGGCCACGCAGUGCAGCAGCCCCGGCGAGAUCGCGGCCUACCUCGACGAGAGGUGUCUGCCUUCUGGCGGGCUCGGGUGCAAUGCCUUCGGCCUGGCGUGCUGCCGCUUUUGCGGGGCAGGC